AUGGAACAGACAGGAGAAAAAAAGCUAAUUUAUAAGUACUCUAACAUACAAUUAAGAAAAUAUCACUUGGAAUAUAAAGCAAUCUCAAGUAGUUUGCCUGAAUCUCCAUCGGCCCAAAAAGAGACAGAUGAAGACAUAGAUGAGAAUAUUUCAGAAUUCUUGAAUGAUUUUGAAUGGCGUAAGGUAGGCUAAGAAUUCAUCUUUAAAAACUAAAUUGACUUUCAUCUCGCUUAAUCCAAGGAAAAUGACUCAACCAAGAAGUAAGAAUUUUUGUAAUCAGGAAUGUCCUUUGAACUCUAAGGUGAGUACGAGAAUGAGAAAAAGUAAUAAAAAGUAGAUAUAAGUGAUUAAAUAAAGCAAAAAGUAAACUCCAAUGGAAUUGAGAAAAUAAUUUCUAGAGGAAAUCAGUAGGAUUCUAUAGAGUUGGAGAAUAAAUGA